AUGGAUGAUCAAAAGCUUGAAAGUGGCCACGAAAUCUCACCACAACUUAUGGAAGCGAUUCAGGAAUCUAAGAUUUGCAUCAUAGUUUUGUCCAAAAAUUUUGCAUCAUCGAAAUGGUGUUUAGUUGAAUUGGUGCACAUACUUGAAUGCAAAGGAAAUGAGAAUAUUAUACUGAUUUUUUAUGACAUAGAUCCAUCCAUUGUACGGAAACAAUCGAAAAGUUAUGCAAAAGCAUUUGCAAAACAUGAACAACGCUUUAAGAACGAAAUGGAGAAGGUGGAGCAGUGGAGGGGCGCUCUAGAAAAAUUGGCUAAUCUGUGCGGUUAUGAUUCAAAGAAAUUCAGGGAUGAGCAUGGGUUUGUUAAAAAAAUUGCUGAAGAUAUUUUAUUGAAAUUGCGCAAGUACCAAUUAACAAAUUAUGAACACCUCAUUGGAAUUGAAGAGCCUCUCAAGGAAAUUGAAUCAUUCUUAAGCAUUGGCAAAAUGGAUGUUCGCUUCAUAGGAUAUUCCAGAAGAAGCAGAUAA